AUGUAAAAUAUAUUAUUCGGUGGAGCACAAAAAGCAGCUAAUGGAAUAGUUGAUGAGUUCUCUAAAAGACCUUCUAGAGCGCUGAGUUUAAGAGUUCACAAUUAAAAAGGAGAAAAAAAAGGAUAAAAAAAAGCGAAGUUCACUUUUAAACCCGAUUUGCCUUUAGAGUAGUAAUUUGCUCAGUUAGAAAUAUAUGCAUUACAGCACAAUCGAAGAAGACUGUAGAUAAAAGGAUUCAAAGGUACAUUUAAGAUUGAGAACUGGAUUAAUAUAGAAACUAAGUUAAGAAAUAUGUAGGGAUUGAAAGCAAUCGGAUUUAUAGAUACAUAGUUAGAUAAAGUUCAUUUGGAUGUAUUAAGCAGAUGGCUUUCCUGGGUGGAUCCAUAAAAAUUAAUUAUUGAAUUAUAACAGAAUGAGCUUGAUAAUGAAGAUGUUGCUGAAUUCCUUUACUUUUUAUUUGAAAGAAACAUUGAUGUCAGAAGUAUAUAUAUAAUGGGCAACCCUGGAAUUUAUAAAGGAGUCUUACUAAAAGAAUUGAACGAUUAUUUAUUUAAAAAGUUCGAGAAGAACAUGAUACAUUAUUAUAAAUUGAUUAAGAAUAAAUAAGCUCUUUCGGUCGCGAUCAUCAGGUUGUUGAGGAGGAAAAAUGAUGAAGCAAAAAGUAAAAGAAUACACAGAGCUGAAGUUAAAAUAGAUUAAACCCAAUAUUAUAAACUUUAAUUGAAAAACUGUUUUACAGAUAAGAAUUGGAAAGGCUUUUAAGAUCUUAUACAAACAACAUAUAAAGAGGAUAAUCUAGAACAAUUAACAUAUUUAGAUAUUAGUAACAAUUUUUUAGGCACUCAGAAUGCUUUUAAUAACAUGUGUACCUCAAUGUCUUCUGCCAAAGGUUUACUGGUCCUAAAAAUUGCUAAUUAACCCUUGAUUCAUAAUUCUUAAACUAUUGAAUUAUUGAUGGGGAAUAGGUACGACAAUCUAAAGCUAAGAGAAUUCGACAUCUCUGAUAAUAAGGAUAUGUUGGAGAAAACUUUCAAAGCCCUUUCAGAUAACAUUUUCAAAUUUUGCAAGAUUAUUACAUUUACAGGGAGUAUGCCUUAAUAAUUGUCAACAUUAUUUAAAAUGUUUGUUCUGACUGAAGCAUUUGCAGACAAAACUAAAGAAAGUAAAUAAAUCUAUAGAGAAAAAAAAUAUUUCAGAAAAGAUUAUUUAUAAAUUUUAGAUUUAAGUAGUAUUGAGAAUUACAAUCGUCAUGAUUUAGUCGAGAAACUACUCCUAAAUACAGUAUUCACAGAAUUUACCAAUAUAAGAACACUACAUGUGUAAAAUUUUGAUGUUGGAAGGUGUUAAGGAUAUGUCAAAGCCAAAAAGAAAUUUCUAACAUACAUGGAGAAGAAGAAAUAAGAUGAUACUUUCUUUAAAAAUUAUAAGCAUCCUUUGAAGCAUAUUGUUUAUCCUAAACAAACAUAUAGAAUGGAAAUAUAAACAAAAAAAGAAUUCUUUUUAGAAUAUCUAUUUACAGAAAAAGGUAGCAUUAUAGAAAUUGAAACAAUCAUAAUCCAAUCAAGCACAUUUAGGUAAGCAAAUAGAGCUGAGGGAUUAUAGGAGGCAUGUGCUUUAGUUAUAGAAAAAACAAAUGCCAAUGCAGAUGUUCGAUAUUCAAUUAAAAAAAUAUCAAUGGAUGAUAGUGAUUACCAAAUGAAUUACCAGACUUUAUAAUGUUUUUUGUGUUUGGCUUCAGUACAAUUGGAAGAAUUUAGUUAUUCUAAUGACUCUAUGACAUUUGAAUGGGAUGUUUGGUAUCAAGAAAUGAAAUCUUAUUGUACCAAGCUUCAAACUGAUUAAUUUCAUAGUUUGAAAACACUAAAACUUCAAAACAUUUCAGAUAUGUAUAUAGAAAUCAAUUAAUUUAUCGAACUGCUUGUUUUUAAUCCAAAAAUAUAACUUAAAGAACUCGUAAUGAUUGAUGUUUACACCAGCAAUAUUUAAGAGAAUUAUGAAUCUUUGAAAAGCAUAGUUGAUUAGAGUGGAAAGGUUACACUUGAAAAGUUAGCACUGGGAGAACUUCAAGCAGGUUAAGGAGAAGAAAUGAUAUUUGAAUAAGUUAUUUUUAACAAAAGAGUUCAACUAAAAAGCUUAGUAUUAAAAAAUGUAAAGCUUCAAUAAUUUUUAAAUAAAAUAGAAAAAUUAGUAGAAGAAAAUAUACAUGACAAUCCACUGUAAUUUUUGACUUAUUUAGAGAUUGAUAAAAUUAACAUAUAGUAAAAGGAAGAUUGGAGAAAAGUGAUUCAAAUUUUUAUAAUUAAUUAAAGACUGUCACUCUAACUUUUGAAAAUAAAGAAUACAGUAUUAAAUUAAUAAUUCUCUGAAAUACUAAAUUAAUUACUUUUUCCGUUUGAGUAAGAAUUAUUUAACAUAAUUAAGUCAAAAAAAGAAACAGCAGGAAUGGUGAUAGAUUUAAAUGAACAAAAUAUGCUGUCAUAAAUUUAAAAUGAAAGUAUAGGGUUACCAUUUGUUUUGUAUGAAUUGAAUUAUGAAAAUUGUACAAUCUAAGACGAUGUCUUGAGCGGAUUCUUAGUCAUUUGUGAACUGAAGAAUCUCUCAUUCAUCAAUUGUCAAGAUUUAAAGAUUGGAAUCAAAAAGAGUAUGGAAAUAAUCAAACGCUUAGAAUUAGAUCAAUAUUAUUCAUACAAAAUUAAGUCUUUCUCCUGUGAAAGAACUGAAAUACAGGAUGUUGAAACUUUUCAAUCAUUGAUUAAAGAGAUAGCAUUAAACUCAAAUAGAUAAUUAUUAGAAAUGCUCAAUUUAGACAGCUGCGCUUUGAAUGAUGAAAUGAUGCAAGCAUUAUCCAAAUAACUUAUGGCCAUAAAGGAAGAACAGAAAUUAUAUAAUAGAGUCUUCCUCCUUAGAGAUCUAAAUUUAAAUAAUAAUAAUAAAAUUUCGGUAAGCUCUUGGCAAUAACUUUGGGAUGUUAUAUUGAACGAAAGCAAAUUAGAAAAAAAGGAAGAAGCGCAUAUGGAACAAUCAAUAACUGAAAAAGAAAAUAUUAUAAAUGAGACCUAAAAACUAAUUGAAACCUCACAAUUAUUUUUAAAAGAAAAGAUACUAUAUAAUUAUAAGAAAUUCACUCCUUAAUUCCCAAAACAAAUAACAAGUUUAGUUAUCAGAAUGGAUUUCAAAACUCUCAAUGAUAAUGAAUUAAAAUAUGAAUAUUAUCGAUUGAUUGUUGGCUUUAUAAUUCAUCCUGAAAGUGAAUUAAAAACUUUAGAACUAGAAUCCCUAAAUAUGAUUGUCUUCAUUAAGGCUUGUAUUGAAGCUUUUGAAUUCUCUAAAUAUUAUUUAGAAUCAGCAUUGAAAUAAUCUAAACAUGAUCAUAAAAGUUAGAUAAAAUCUGUAACCAUUAAAUCAUUAACAGCAAAUGAUGCAGAAAGUACUGAGAAAUUCAUUUAAAUAUUUCUUUGUUCUACCCAUAUUGAAUUAAGUAAACUAUCUGUAUUUGGAUGUACUUAGCCUAUUUUACAUUUAAUUCUAAAAAACAUUGACAGAAAAGAGGUUUACCAAUUAGAAGAAUUAUCUCUUCCAGAUCUCGAAGAAACUUUAGAUUUAGAAGAUACAAUAAAUUAUUGUUAAUGGUUAGUAUUUGGUUAGAGAAUGCCUAUAAAAAAACUAAGCAGUUGUCCAAAUUUAGCAGAUAUGAAUUAAGAAUAAUUUAAUCAAUUCAAUCUUUCGAAAGUCAAAGUAGAGUCUAUAAAUUUAAAAUAUAAAUAAGAUACUUCUAGCAAUGUUAAAUAAUACAGUCUUCUUUUAGCUAAAUUAAUUUUAAAUGGGUUGUAAGAAAUAACAAUUGAUAAGUCUGAUACCACUUCAAUUAUUGUUGAAACCUUCAAUAAAGUCAAUAAUUUAGAUAAUUUGAAGUUAAAAAAAUUAAUUUUUAAAGGAGAUUUUAAGCUUAAUAAAAACUUAUUUGAAAAAAUUUCUAAAUUAUUUGAGAAAUUAGAAUUUUUCUAGGUUUAGAAAUUACUAUUAGAGAAUGAAUUUGAAAUUUAUGACAUCUGCUAGCUAAUGGAUGUGCAUAAAACUAAAAAUCUUAAAUUUGAUAUUAAAUCAGUAACAUGCAACAACCCAGGUGAAUUUUACAAGAAAUUCCUUUUCAACCCAAAUGUUGGUAUAACAGAAAUCAUUCUAAAAGAUCCUUAACUGUUGGAAAAUAAAUUUGAUAUCUAUGAAUUAGGAUAAAAAAUAAGAUAUUUCAAUCUAAACAUGGGUUUAUUAUACAAUUCUAGUACAUAGCUGAAUGUCAAUGCGCUUUAAAUUAUUAGCAAAAUGCUGAUCUAUAAUGAAUCAAGCAAUUUAGAAGAGUUAGUCCUACAUUAGUGCCAUUUCAAAUUAGCAGGAAUAGAAGCACUAUGCAAAUAUUCUAAUAGCUUAAGAGAGAAGAUCAAAAGUGACGGGAGAGAAAAAACUGCUUAAUUGAAAUUAAACAGAAUUACACUCUAUUAUUCAUUGUAUAUUGGUGAUGAUGGAGUCCAAAAAUAUGUUAAUGAUUUAUUGUAUUUUGAAUACAUCAAUAUAGAGAGAUUUGAAGUAUAAGUGACGAAUUGGAAUGAUGCAAUGACAAAUAGCCUAUGUUUGGCAGCAUAAAAUUGGUUUUAAUUCUAAAAGGAUAAGUAAAGAUAAUAUUCAACAAAAUAUCCAAUAAAAUAUAUCGACAUUGGAAGAAAUGAAUUUAUUGAGGAACAAGAAACCUGGUCAAACUUUUUAAAGACGUUUGUUUUCACUGAUAACACUCCUGAUUUGGAAACCUUGAAUAUUCAUUUUAUGGCAUUGAAUGAUCUAAAAACAAGAUAUCUAAUAGCAGAAGCACUCUAAUUCUUCUCCAAGAAACCAUCAAACUAUAAAUUUAAUGUUAAGAAGGUUAAUUUUUCUUAAAACAAUUCAUUGACUCAUCUAGGAUGGUAAAAUUUAUUUAAAAACUUCUUCUUUCAUCCAAAGGUUUACUUGGAAGAAUUAAAUAUGAUUAGUACGAUGUUAGAUAGUCAAAUAAAGCUAGAUGUCAUAGCGUAAGUAAUAAAAGAAAGAGCUCUUGAUUCUCCUAAUAAAAAAGUGCCACUUCACACAUUCUUAUGUUAUAAUGUUAGUCUAAAAGAUUAUAUUGCUGACUAUUUAUCUGAAUAACCACAAAAUUACUAAACUCCUUAUGAUAUUCCUGUUGAAAUAGAGUAUAAUAAUAGUCUAAAUUUUGGAUAUUUUGAUGGAGUCCCAGAGGCAUUUGGUGAUAUUUUAUAAAUGUUUUAAAGAAUUCUCAAAACAAGGUAGAAUAUCGUAUAUAUAAAAGACUGGAAACUCACUAGAUCAAAAUAUUCACCUUAUCAUUUAAACAUGUGUGAUCAUUAUUUAAAUAUUCUAAAUUAGUAUUAUACUACCAAAAAGAAUGAUUUAAUUGAUAUCUGCAUUAGUUUGUAGUCUUUAGAUAAUUUUGCAAAUUAUUUUGGAUACAUAACUGAGUAUCCAGGCUCACCUUACCCAUAUAAUUUAUUAUUUCAAUAAAAUUCUUUUAAUUAUUUUAAAGAGAAAAGUUGUAAUAUCUUUAAAAUUAAGAUUAUCUAAACAGAAUUUGCUGAAUUAGAAUAAAUUAACUAAUUUCAAAUUUUGAAUAUAUGGAAUCAUGUAAAACAUAGCAGCACUAGUAUUGAUUAGAUUUAAGUUGAAUAUGAUUUAAACGAUGACCUUGUUGAUGAAAUGUUUAGGCAAGGCUUCGAUGAAAGAGAUAUAAUUUCUCUAAUUAGAUUGAUUCCUCCUUCAAAAAUUCGAAUUUAGAACUCUCUUAGUAUUUAAGCCAUAAAAGGAAUAUACUCUAUUCUUUACGACACUUAUUAUUUUAAAUAUGCAAUGAUAAGUUAUAGUUUUGAUAACUUCCUCAAUAUUGGUAUUGGUUACUCAUUAAGAGAAGUAUUUUAUAACUAUAAGGCUGUUGGACCCAUUCGAAAAUUCUUUAAAAUCGCAUUUUAUAAGUUCUUUAACUUUUUUGUUAUACCCACAAAGAGAUACAUAUUUAAUGAUGAAGUAAAACGAUUAAACGAUUAUUUAUCUUAACAAAAAUUCUACUUUUUUAUUAUCGUCAUUACAAACAUAUUAUUUUUUGUGAUAACUUUAGCUGGACCUUAUUUGCUAACAUAUAAGUUAUUAGAUAGAGAUGCUGUUUAAUUAACGAAAAAUUAUAUCUGCGCUAAUGGAACAAGCAAAGAAGCCUCAUAUUUAUAUUACUCAUUUGCUUUCAUUACACUUAUAACUGAGGCAAUACUAUAUUAUAAAGUGGCUUAAAUAGUUCCAAAUCACACUUAAAGAAUUAUUGUUAGUAAAAUAACAAAUGAAAAGGAGUAAAAUGAGGAAAAUUAAUAGUAACCUGAUGGGCAAAUCCAAGAAAAACAUAAUAAUAAGGUACUCCCUUCAAGUGAAGAAGAUGCAAGCAUGCUUAAAAAGUAAAAGUAAACUCAAAACCAAAGCCAAAACUUUGACAUGGGAAGACACAGCAUCUUAUAAAAAAUGGCUACUGCUGUUAAUAAAAAGAUUACUUAAUAUGCUGGUAAAUUUACAACUGCAGUCACUGCAUAAGCAGAAGAAUUCACAUAAUCAAAAUGGGGGAUCCUAUUAAGUUAUGGAAUAACUUUAUUAUCUUCUUAAUUAUUCAAAUUCGAUCUAUAUAAUGAUGUUGUCUUCAUUUUAAAUGCCUACAAUUGUGAAGAAUUUAUAGUAUUUAUUUUAGCUCUUAUUACAACUGCAUUCUCAUAAGGAAUUUACAUUUUACAAUUCUUCUAUCUAAUAAGUGUCAGAGUAGUUUAAAACUAAAAAACGGCAAAAUUGCUGUCAAGCAAAUUUAUUAAUGAUUUCUAUGCUAUCAGUUUUCUUGGUAGAAAUGCAGCACUUUCAACUCUCCUAGAUUCUUCUGCCCCGUUUAAUGUUAUUAUUAUUCCAAAUACUCGAAUAGGAAGAUAUUUUCUCCCUCAUCAUGCUGGAAAAGCAAUGAGCAAUUUAGUUAAAUCCUAUUUCUUUUAAUUUUUAUGCGAGGAUUUACCUUAAACUUUAUUAUAAAUGUAUUUUGUUGUUAGUUAAGCCAUUAGAAGAACAAAAGAGCUUUAAGUGUAAGUUUAUAUUUCGAUUUGCACGGCUAUCCUAACAGCCUUAUUAUCAUUUUAUAAAUUUUUAUCAAUUAGACCCACAAAUUUAUUGUAAGAAAAUUUUGAUGAAUUGUCAUCCAAACUAUCCAGUGGAUAUAAUUAAUUAAUUUAAAAUAACUUGCAGUAAGAGAAUGAUUAGAUUAAAACUUAUAUUGAUUUAUAUAACACGGUUGAUUAUGAGAUUGUCAAUGUAGAGUAAUCAUAAGAGGAAAGACAAUCAUUAUUGAAUUGA